GGCUUUGACUGGGCAUUAUCGGAACCGUUAUGUACCCACAGUCGUUAAAACGACACGGCUACUUCGCUAAUUAGCCAGUUCAUCGAGCGUCGGUAGCAUCAUCUAAAUAAAUAAUCAAUGUUAUAACGAUUUAGUUUAGCCCAAAAUACAGCAUGUAUGUUGCUAAUUAGGAAUUCAAAUGGCGUACAAUGGCCACCAGCGCGAAGAUGAAGCCUCCGACGACGGUGAAACGCCCACGAAGCAGCUGCGGUCCGUGAAGGAGAUGCCCGGUUACUUGAGAAACGACACCGAAAAUGAGGCAGCCACGCCCGGUGGAAGCGCCACGUCCGACCGGCCGACCUCCAACUCGACCGCGAGGCAUCGGAUGGACUCCGGGAAGAAAAGCAGGCCGCCAUUUCCUUGGUUUGGGAUGGACAUUGGAGGCACUCUGGUGAAGCUGGUCUACUUUGAACCUAAAGACAUCACAGCAGAGGAGGAGCAGGAGGAGGUGGAGAACCUGAAGAGCAUCCGUAGGUACCUGACCUCCAACAUUGCCUACGGUAAAACGGGCAUCAGGGACGUGCACCUGGAGCUGCAGGACCUGACCAUGUGCGGCAGGACGGGCAACCUGCACUUCAUCCGCUUCCCCACGCACGACCUGCCGGCCUUCUUGCAGAUGGGCCGCAACAAGCACUUCUCCAGCCUCCACACCACCCUCUGCGCCACCGGAGGCGGGGCGUACAAGUUUGAGUCUGACUUCCGCACGAUGGCUGACCUGCAGCUUCACAAGCUGGACGAGCUGGACUGUUUGAUCCGCGGGGUGCUGUACAUCGACUCGGUGGUGUCCAGCGGCCCGUCGGAGUGCUACUACUUUGAAAACCCCACAGACCCGGAGCGCUGCGUCCAGAGGCCCUACACACUGGAGAACCCCUACCCUCUGCUGCUGGUCAACAUAGGGUCCGGGGUCAGCAUCCUGGCCGUCUACUCUGAGAACAACUACAAACGAGUCACUGGGACCAGCCUCGGCGGUGGGACCUUCCUGGGCCUGUGUUGCCUCUUGACUGGUUGCUCUACUUUUGAGGAAGCCUUGGAGAUGGCUUCUCAGGGGGAGAGCACCCGCGUGGACAAACUUGUGCGGGACAUCUAUGGUGGAGACUACGAGCGGUUUGGGCUGCCGGGCUGGGCUGUGGCCUCAAGUUUUGGCAACAUGAUGUUCAAAGAGAAAAGGGAGUCGGUAUCCAAAGAGGACCUGGCCAGAGCAACGCUGGUCACCAUCACCAACAACAUCGGCUCCAUCACCAGGAUGUGUGCGCUCAACGAGAAAAUUGAGAGAGUGGUGUUUGUGGGCAACUUCCUGCGGGUGAACACCCUCUCCAUGAAGCUGCUGGCCUACGCCAUGGACUACUGGUCCAAAGGCCAGCUGAAGGCCCUUUUCCUCCGGCAUGAGGGAUACUUCGGUGCAGUCGGAGCCCUGCUGGAGCUUCUGAAUCCAUCCUAAGUGCAUCCAGAGAAGCACUUCCUAUCUGCUGCAAAUCAUUAGCACUUUAGACUGCUUAAAAUCAAUACCGAGGCAAGGUUUAACACCAUUCACAAGCCAAACUGGUAAAUUUUGGCUGUGGCUGGUAAGGUUGUCCAGGCUUCUGGUAUCUUAGACUCUAAAUAUUUUGGAAGUCUUAUUCAAUUCUCAGAAAUCAGUGGCUAAGCUAGUAAAGAUAGUGAACAUGGCCUCUAAAUGUUGAUAUACAUGUCUGUCAUUGUGGUCAGCAAGCAACACGUGUUUUCCUUCCCUGACCAAGUUUGUAUUCACAGCCACUGCAGCUGGUCCAAGCCGCUGUGUGUCACAUUUGUUAGCCUGUGUUACUGCGUGAGCGACUGAGGAAAUGAGCCAGGCCAAACACAGUCUUCUCUCAAGGAAAUUCACCAUGAUUGCCUGAAAUGCUUCAGUUUAAAACAACUUGUAACUGUACAGUUUUGUCAGCUGUACUUACCCCUCAGUGGGUAUUGGGACCUGGUACAAAUAAUAUGUACAAAUACUUUCUGUGGUUUUGUCCUACCAAGGUCCCAGCUGGGCGGGGUUUGCUGAAUUUGAUGAUACUGUAAGCAUCAGAAUAUAAACCAGAUUUAAGACUGUAAGAGCCAGGGAGCUUCUAAGAGCUCAAGAGGGCAGACACACUUUCGGUCAAUCAGUCUAAACAUUGUGUUUAACUGUUUCCUUAAAGAUUUAGACAAUAUAGUCACAAUAGUUUGUCCACAAAGUUGGACUGUCAGUCUUUCCAGGCAAAUUGUCAUUAUCCUGAUGCUGCAAGCUCCACCCAUCUGCCCCUCUUGGUAUGCUGAAACAAGCACUGUGCAUUACUUGCAACCACUAAGGUCUGCUUUUAUCUGUGAGUUAAUAUCCAUUCUCAGAAAUUUUAGGAUGGAUGUGAAUGAGAAAUGAUGUUCAAACACUGAGUUGUUACAAACAGUGAGUGAGUUUUCAGACCUGGGUGGUGGUUUUUAUUUAAACUUUGACAAAAAAAAAAAUAAUCACUCUCCAUCACCAGUAGGUCACAGUUAGUUGAUUCAUAUGAAAUGAUUGUAUAUUUGUGAAUUGUUUCUGCUUCUAUCAAAGAUAGACUUUCUGUACUGUUACAAUACCCACCCAGCUGAAAUCUCAUCACCUUCAUGAUUUACAAACCUUGUUUCCACUUUUUCUCCCUCUGCUCCAAACCUUUGUUGGUUUGCAUUUGUUACAAGAGCUGGUAUUUAAAAUGAGGACAGUCAGUAGCAGGGUGGUUAGUGAGAUCUUUCUGUGAUUGAGGAUUGCUACAUUUGAUCCUAUAUUAGCCCCAAGCAUCUGCCCUGCUGAAGUGUCCUUGAGCACGACACUGAAUCCCUGCCAGCUCCAGGGCUGCUGUUGCUCUUUGAGCCGGUGAAAAGAUGAGCCCUUACACACACAGAGAAACCACGGUUAAAAAGUUAGAUUAUAUAGCUUUAUUUACCCAGAACUAAAGUUUAGUGCCAAGAGUUGUGUCAGAUACAUUAGGUCCAAUGCAUUCGUCCAGUAAAGAAAAAAAAAAACACAUUAUCUGGUCACUCCAGACCAGAUCAGUCCAUGGAUCAUAGAGGUGCUGUUCAUCAGACUGUACUACACUCUAUAGUUUAGUAUUCUUAGAAAAUGUGUUAUUGGUGGAAAAGUGAUAUCGUGCUUCCUUCCUUCCUUAAUGGUCAGUAAUCCCUUCUCAGGCUUUUCACAAAGAAAAGUUUAUCAGGACAGAAAGAACUUGACAUUCAGCCCCAUGUUUCCAGUGUGUAUGUGUGUGUGAUAUCAGUGUGUUGUUUGAUGUGUUCCAGUCAUUUUAAUUGAAAUAUUUCUGGUCCAGACGAAUUUUAUGUUUUCAGUAACCCAUAGAGCACAUUUUAGCAUUUUUACAAUGGACAGUCCAUGGAAGGAUAUUGGGGACCAUGUCUUAUCAGUCAGUCAACCAGUCAGUCAGUCAGUCAAGAGGACACAGUUUGUCAACUUAGUAAAGAUAAUGGUUGUGCACUUGGAUUUUAAGUUGAAACUGAUUUAAAUAAAGUGCCUGUAAUGUUUUUGUAUUUAAAACAUUCAUGUGAUCAUGUGGACAGUUUGUAAAUCUCAAGGUUUCCCUCUGUUGGUAGUCUGCACAUUGCAAAGAAAACUGUCUUUUUAUGACAGUUUUCAACUUUGUAACUGAAGUUUCUUUAUUAAAUACAGACUUUUCCUAACUUUG